AGCGUCGCUCGUUGCAAGGAAGGGUUCCGCCCGCCAUGAACUUACUAUUCCUCAUAGCUACUCGGAAUUAACGCUCUGAGAUAACAUUGUUAAUCAGUCAAUGCAACUGUAGCAUUUGAAAUCAGGUCCGUCUACACACAUGGCGUGCACACCAUCGCAGCAAUGGGGACUAAUACCUCCUUCACGUCUCUGGGAGGCGUGUGGACUCGAUCUCGUUCUGUACGCGGGCGCAGCACAGAAUCUGGGGUGUACAUAUUCCGCUGGUACGUGUGAUCAGCAACAACCGUGGUGUUGGUGGAGCAGUUGUAGUGUUAAAGUGCGACAUUGUUCAGCUGAAGCCAGUCUGUCUUUUAAAUUUUAGAAGACUUCGCUUGCAAACAAUCAGUAAUGAAAGGAUCAGAAGGAAUCGCAGUAUCUCAUGAAUAUGGAAUGGCAACAAACUCACGCUGCCUCCAGUUUAAGCUGCGGAGUGGGUAGCAUUCCCCCUCUGUUCGUGGCGAAACGAAGUCGCGAUGCCCUUUGGGAAUUUGCAGGUUUUCCUUGACAGCCGCAUUCUGUGGUUCAAGCCCACCAGUUCCGGUGAUGGGCGUUUGAGACUGUGCAUGGUGGGUUGGUUCUAGGGUUUUGAAAAACUAUUUGGGCACUUGUAUCCAAAGGCCCUGUCCUGGUAGGUGUUGAAGGGAGGCUGAACAGAUCCAGCCCUAGCUAUUAUGUAUGUGAUGCAGGAUGAAGCGGGGGCGAUCGCCUUGAUGAUCGUCUCGCUGUGGUGCCUCGGCUCCUGGCCUGCGCUGUUCAAUUUGUUGGAGAGGAAGGGGCGGAUUCCCAUGCACACUUACUUGGAUUACACUUUCGCCAAUUACGGAGUAGCCGUCCUCUUCGCCUUCACCCUCGGGGACAUUGGCCCUGACACGCCGGAAGCGCCCAAUUUUCUGACCCAAUUGUUUCAGGAGAAUGGCCCCUCGGUGGCGUUCGCUUUAGCUGGCGGGUUGGCUUUGUGUUUAGGCAACAUUUCCUUGCAGUAUUCGCUAGCUUUCGUUGGAAUUUCUUUGACGGAGGUUGUUUCUGCAAGUGUCGCCGUGGUUCUAGGAACAACUGUGAACUAUUUUCUAGACGAUGGUUUGAAUCGUGCAAGCAUCUUGUUUCCUGGGGUCCUUUGCUUCCUGGUGGCAGUUGUGUUGGGUUCAUUCUGCCAUGCCUCAAAUGUGGCCGACAUUCAAGCUAAACUUAAAGCUGCGGAGGCUUCUGCACAAACGCUGGAGGACAAUGGAAGCUCAUUCAAGAACUCGGAGGCAUCUGCACCUCUGCUGAUAAACCAUCCAAGCAACCUGGAAACUCAUUCCAAGUACUGUGCUGAUCCAGAGAUAGGGGGGAGCGCGGCCACAGGAGCGGAGUAUUUUGAAAGUUUGGAGUCCCAUAGAGCAAUCAAGGUCAAGGGGAAGAGUGUCUUGUUUGGGCUGGGGAUUGCCUUCUUUACAGGUUUAUGUUGUGCAGCAUUCUCUCCCUUGUUUAACUUGGCUACAAAUGAUCAGUUCCACCUUCUCAAGCCUGAUGUGCCUCAUUUGGUGGUGUACACAACUUUCUUCUACUUUUCCACUGCUUUUCUCAUCUGCUCAGUUCUCGUGAAUGUGUAUUUUCUCUACCACCCGGUGCUGGGUAUUCCCAAAUCCUCACUGUCCAUGUACUGCCAAGACCGCGAAGGUCGCCAUAUUGCGGUCAUUGCUGGCCUGUUGUGUGGUAUUGGGAACGGCUUCCAGUUCAUGGGAGGUCAAGCUGCUGGGUACGCUGCUGCGGAUGCCGUACAGGCUUUACCUCUGGUGGGCACGUUGUGGGGUAUAGUUCUGUUCCGAGAGUAUUAUGGAUCAUCAGGAAAGACCUACUCUCUCCUGAUCGCCAUGCUCUUCAUGUUUGCAACAGCUGUGGUGAUGCUUGUGGCUUCUUCGAUGCCACGCGAUGGGUCUCGGACUUAAACCCUUCACACGGACCCUUCCUUCACACAUGCGUGGCUUGGCUACUACUAUGGUUCUUUCAGUAAAUAGAUUGAUUGAUUGCACAGAAAGUACUUCAAGUGACUUAGGGAAUUAUUAUUGAUUUGUAGUGCACGUCUAGUGCGAAUUAAUUACACGUUGUGUUUGUUUGGUGAACUUUGGAGCAUUUUCCUAUCUGAAAAAAAAAACUCUCCUGCCUAGGAGACCCUAAUUCUUCAGUUACUUUUUCAUAUGAAACGAGAUCUAUUUUUAAAAAAAUACAAAAACAAAACCAGGCCGAUCAUGUGAAGCCUUCUUGCAGCGUCAAGGAGAGUCCAUCAGCAUUGCUGCUGGAGCUGCUGCGCUAGGGCAGGCACUAAGCUUUGUGAUGCUCAUCUCAAUUGAUACAUUGUUCCUUUGAGACUAGCACACAGAAUCUUGCUAGAAGACGCGUUCAAGUAAGAGCUUGCGUUUGGAAGUCGGUUUGUUGGAUUUCGAUUUUUCAUUUUCUAGGUUUUUUUUGUUAAUGCUAAUCUAACGAUAAGUGGCAUAAUGGUACCACCUUGACAAGGCGCGACAACGCCAGUACGACGGAGAGAGCAGCCAGGACACGCGCAAGGUACAAUGCACGAAGGGAAUCAGGCAAGAGACGAAGCACGGUCAAAAGGCACGGCGGGAGCACCCACGAUAAUCCAUUGCGUCACGCACACAUGGACUCAUUCCGUAAUGCACAAGGGCUUCUGAUCCAAAAACACCAAAAGGUUCCUAUUGCAGCUCUGGACAUGCCAAAGAUUUGCCAGCACGUCUUGCAUCUGCAAAAACAUUACCUAAUAGCUUGUUUUGUAAAGAAGGCGGAUGACAUGACAUGGAUGGAACAGUGGAUUUCGGAGCUUAAAAAUAUCAUUCAAGUUCAAUUUGCGUCACAUCAAGAGGCGAGAUUUGAGUACUUCUACAUCCAAUUCUCUGCACCGGCUGUGACGUAGAAGACGCUACAACUCAAACCGUGCUAGCUAGCAGCGGGCACGAUACUGUUCCAAAAACAGAUCCUCGCUUUCAACCCCCGCAAACCAGUAGGGUUAUUUGUUCCCAUGUGGAUUGUCCUCUAAUUUGUACUCUUGGAGUUCUAAGGUAUGGAGGAGAAACUAACCAAAUCGAUGGGACACAUCCUUGACAUUGAUUACUCAAAGACCGAAAAAAUCCAAAAUUUUGUUUUACUGUGGAAUUAAAUAAGGGAUGGAUCUCCUCUCUCUUAGUUCCUAGCGGGGCAGGGAAUUUGGAGAGAUAUUGGUCAUAUUUGAAAACAAUGAUAUUAAGUGCAGUAAGUGUCUCGACGUAAGAUACAAGGGAUUGGAAUGUAGAUCGCAAGGUCAUUCCAUCUGGACACGUUCAGUAGCACCAAAUCCAAGGUACAUAGAGGUAUCCUGAGGCGAUCAAGGGCGAGCAGCCUUGUGAUCAAUGCCGGAUCAAAAGUGAGACAAUGCAAGGGCCUCAAAUGAUGGUUUUGUACUGGUUACCAGAAAGAGUGCCAAACAAAAAAAAGCCAGGCUCAAACGAGCACACAAAUGGGGCAGGAAGGAGCCGGAACGAAAACAGAGACGGGGAUUGCAAAGCUAAACAGAGGACAUGGAGGUAGAUGCACAAUGCGCUUACCAGAGCCUCAAAAGUUGGACAAGGUGAUCAACCACCCCCUAUCCAGCUCAGGACUCGGCCAUGAGGUAGGAAGGGCAUCAUACUGCCCUUGCCCCCGCCAUUGGCACCAGGGCAAUAUCCAAUCAUAUCACCUAAUUUUCUUCUUCCAGCUCCCUCGAUUCCCUCAGCACCAGCUCCCCCGAUUCAACAACAAUUGAUGCAGGCCCUUGCGUCACCAAAAUCCCCGCUGGAGUUGACUGAUAUAAAAGAAUUGGAGCUUCUGGUGCAAUGGACAUAGACCACACUAGCUCGAAGACAGACCUCACCCCCUCCAACAAAAACGCGGUGAUCGGGAUAGGAAGAGUGUGGGUGCCGCUUUCUCCAUCGCAUUAGCACCCCCCUACUACAAAGGGAUUUGUCUAACCAAGGAUGGAUAGAUCAGAAUUUGCAAGCAGGGCAAUCCGAGUGCCAAUUACGCGCCUCUAGGCUUAUUAGGUUCUAUGAUAAAAGAGCCAAAGAAAAAAAAGGACAGUAGUCUUGGAACCAGCAGCCAGCACUCUAGCGUUGCUGGGUUGCUUUGAGGUGCCCCCAAAUAGGAUUAACUUUAACUCGGACUUUGACGAUGAAAUUGAGGAAUUCCUCAAUGGGUUCAAAGAUACAAAGAAGACGAUUGUUGAGUAUUGAAUUUGAGAAUACUUCAAGCUCGAAAUACAAAUUGGCUGGACUACCUACUUAAAAUA